GAGCGGGCCGCCGGGGAGCGGGUAGCUCCAAACUCGGCUGGCAGAGCACCUUUUCCGCGCGGCUACAAUCCUACCAGUGGGACACAGCAUGUCUGAGGACAGGUUUACAGCCGCGUCCAAAAGGAGCUCUGCAUGUUUCAGUUUGGAUCAAGUGAUUGCUUCAAAACCUGGGAAGACUCCUAUCAGCUUGUUACAGGAAUACUGCACGAAGAAUGGUAAAACUCCACAGUACGAGCUUGUAAAAUCUGAGGGUCAAGCCCACCUGCCCAGCUUCACCUUCAAAGCAUCAGUGGGAGAAGUGAGCUGCAAAGGCCAGGGUCAGAGCAAGAAGGCAGCAAAACACAAAGCAGCAGCAGCAGUUCUGGCUGUACUGAACGGAGAAAAUCCACAACAAUCGAUUUAUGAUGGUAUAAGCUAUACUUCACAAGAUCCAGAACCCACUACUCCCUUGAAGAAGACCCAAAAUCCUCCCAACCCUAUUGGUGCACUUCAGGAACUGGUGGUACAGAAAGGGUGGAGACUUCCAGAUUACAGCAUUGCUGAAGAAUUGGGACCUCCUCACAAGAGAGAAUUUGCGAUCAUUUGCAAGGUAGAACCAUUUGCUGAAACAGGUUGUGGAACUUCAAAGAAAUCAGCAAAGCGGGCUGCUGCAACAAAGAUGAUUGCCAAGCUACAGAAUAUUCCAGAAGGUUGGAAUGGGGAAGAAGACUUAAAAGCUGAAAACAUUUCUUUGUCAAACCUCAAGGUUGAUUGUGCUCAGAACUCUGGAAAUGAAUGGAAUGGUUCAAGGGGAAAUGUGAGGGUGACCACCUGGGACCUUAUUAAAAUGUCACCUGGAGAAAAAAUAAAUCAGUUGAAGAGAAAUCCACUCAGCAUUCCCAACACUGAUUAUACCCAGAUGUUAGGAGAAUUGGUUGAAGAACAAGGGUUUGGUGUCACCUACCUGGAUAUAGAUGAACUAACUGUGAAUGGUCAGUAUCAGUGUUUGGCUGAACUUUCAACUCUCCCAGUGACAGUGUGCCAUGGUACUGGAAUCUCCCGUGGUAAUGCUCACAAUGAGGCUGCCCACAAUGCACUACAGUACAUGAAGAUAUUGGCUGGAAGAAAUUAGAGAAACCAAUCUUUUGUCCAUAGAGCAGUAUAAGAUAAGUAAUUCCGAAGGGAAGUAUUUUUCUAAAUUACAAGAAGGAACUGCAGCUAUGGUCAAAUUAGUUUUUGUGUACACACACGUUUUCAUGGUAUUAAUUAACUGAAAUGUUUAUGGAGUUUCAAAAGUACUUCAUAAUAAUAGAAAUAAUGUACAGAGCAGCUGCUUAAAAUUCUACCCCACUCUACCGCACAGAUGAAGCAAAUGGAGGUCUGAUUAUUCUUAAAAUAAAAUAAUCAGAUGCACAAGUACUCCUUUGUGUAUUAGUUUAAUUUGUUAACAUGGCAAUUUAGUAAACACAUUGGAAUUUUCAAAGUUAUAAGACAGACAUUAAUAGUCUGUUUUUAUUCUAGUUAAUGUGCAGUCAUUAGCUCUGCACCCUAUGUAUUGUGAAAUGUUGUUCAGAUUGGGGACUGAAGGAAUUUGACAAGGAAAAUUAAGUUAUUUCAAAAUAUUUGCAUUGUAAUCAGUUCAAUAUCAUAUCAGAAUAUUACAAUAAAUGGUGUUUGGCUGAAAAACUGACUAUUAGAACUAGAUAUUGGUUAAAAAGAUUGUUUUCUACAAUUUCAGAGUAUAUUUUUGUACAUAGAAUCAUUAAUUUAUACUUAGAAAUAAGUAGAACAAUUUUUCCAUUGUUUUGUGCUGAUUCAUUUAUGCUUUUGUUCAAAAUGGAGAAUACAUCAGUAUUUAUCUGUUUGCUUUAAGAACAGUUGUAACUUCUCAAUUACAUUUAGAAUGUCCUUUAGCAAAAUAUUCCUGACAGUUUCUCACUUUGCUGAGUGAACAAUUUAAGUUUAAGAACCACUGCACAUUCAGUGGUUCUUUCUCAAGUGACUGCUGGUGAUCCCGUACCUUUCUCUUUUUUCAUGAUACCAAGAUGGUGAAAAAGGGGAUGUUUUCCCACGUGAAGUAGUAAUUUUCUUGCAGUUGAGGAGAUGCAUAUUUUAGUCAUUUGCUUACAAUGGGGAUUUCCUCAACAUCAGAGAAACACAAUGCUGUCCAUGUGGCCUCCUAUUCCUAGCAAUUUCUGCAUUCUCUGUAUUAAAUUUGCAAAUAUGGACAACUCACUUUUUGUUUUUUGCCAACUGUAAGCGCUAUAACUCACCCAUAAAUAUUGUAUCUUUUUCUCUCCAUCAAUAUGACCUGCUGGACAUGUCUUGCAGCCCUAUGUAACACACCUUUUCACAUCUUUUGGAAUCUCAUUCUCCAUUUCCCAUUAACCAGAUGAUCUCUACCAAUUUAUGCCCACAGUGAAGUUUCCCUCACCAGAUGUAAAUUUAGUUCAUACAAGAAUUGUUAUUCUGACAGCUCUAGAUAGCUUUUUAAUAGAACAGUAUGUAUGUGUUUCCAACUUUUUAUAUUAAACAGUUGCUGUAAUAAAAUGUAUUGUUGAUAAUUACAAAUUGUUCUGUAGAUUUAAUUGUGGAAAAUGAUUAAAUCUUUUCAGUAAUGACUGAAA